CUUCAGCACCUCAAAUGAAGAGGGAGGCCGUCAGAGGCAUUUGUUCCCUUCCACUUUUUUUGUUGAAACAUUUUCCUGCAAUCUGUGCGUAAGUGGGUGUGUCAAAUGUAGUGUAGGAUAGUGCUUGGGUAGCCUACGCACUCUGAAAAUAGGAAAAGUUCAUCAUGAGUUUAGUCUGAAAUCUACCGCGGACUACCAGGAUGGCUGUCUGGACACGAGCGGACAAAAAUGGUCAAUUAGAUCUUUUGCUCCGGGACCGCUGGAUUCGGGUAGCGGCCGAAUUGACCCGCGAGACUUUCACAUUAACGGCCGAAACAGAGAUAAGCGGACACGGGAACAACUUGGAUUACACCAAUUCAGCGGGCCUGCGGAAUGGAACGUCUAACGGAAACGACCCGGGUUUAGCGUCGGGAAAUUCGAACCGUGGUCAAACCUCAAACCCAGAACUACAUCCGAACCAUGGUGCGCUAGGACGAAGCGGUAGCCCAGCGCGCGGGGGCAUCAACCGGGGUCACUACGACGGUUUUAAUAGCCCCAGCCCUGGCAAGUAUAAUCGUGAUAACGGUACGAACUCUGAUUUUGGCAGCCCGGGGUCCAGUUACGGUAGUCCUGGAUCUAGCUUCAGUUCCAGGCAUGGCGAAACUUCCAUCAAUUUAGAAUCCGGCGCAUCAGAAGCUGUGCGUAAAGUUAGAGUUGUAAAACAAGAGUCUGGCGGGUUGGGGAUCAGUAUCAAGGGGGGUCGGGAAAACCGAAUGCCCAUCCUCAUAUCCAAGAUCUUCCCCGGACUUGCAGCUGAUCAGAGUCGGGCUCUUCGGGUCGGCGACGCGAUCCUGUCAGUCAAUGGAAAUGACCUCAGGGAGGCCACGCAUGAUCUAGCGGUGCAGGCUCUAAAAAAGGCCGGGAAAGAGGUUACGCUUGAGGUUAAAUAUAUCAGAGAGGUUUCCCCACUGUUUAAGAAGCCCUCCUUGGUGGCAGACCUGCCGUGGGAUGGGGUGCGUCCUCAGUCCCCCAACUUCAGUGGCAGUGAGGACUCUGGGUCCCCCAAACACAGUGGGGCCAAGGACAGGAAGGUCAUCCUCCUCAAAAUGUGCUUUAUCAGCAGAAACUUGACCAUGCCUGACCUGGAGAACAGGCUCUUGGAGCUGCACUCCCCUGAUGGCCAGCACACGGUAGUGAUGCGCUGUAAGGAUAGCCCCAGCGCCCACUCCUGGUUCACAGCCAUCCACACCAACAUUGCUGCCCUGCUGCCCCAGACUCUGGCCCACAUCAACUCCUAUCUGGGCUCCAGCACCACUGGGUCACACCCCCAACUCAAACACAUCAGCUGGCUGGCAGAACAGGUCCAGCUGGAUGGUGGGCGGCACCAGUUCCGACCAAUCGUCAUGGCACUGACAGAGAAGGAUAUCCUGCUGUUUGAAUCAGUGCCAUGGAACCGCGAAGCCUGGUCCACACCCAUGCUCACACACCCACUACUUGCCACAAGACUGGUGCACUCUGGCAGUGCCCGCAGUUCCCCGGCACAGGGGGCAGACCUGGUGUUUGCCACUCGGACGGGUACAGGGCGGGGCAUCGAGUCCCAUGUGUUCCGGGUGGAGACACACUGGGACCUGUCCUCGUGGACCCGGGCCCUGGUGCAGGGGGCGCAUGCUGCCGCAGAACUCAUUAAGGAGGUCUCCAUUGGUUGCAUGCUGAACAGGCAGGACGUUCGCCUCAUACUGCACUAUGAGAAGGGCUUCACUGUGACCCGGGAGCCAGGAGAGACUGCAGGGGGUGCUGUGCUCUUCAGAUACCCCUUCGAGAAGCUCAAGAUGUCUGCAGAUGACGGGAUCCGCAACCUCUAUCUGGACUUUGGGGGUCCAGAGGGUGAAAUGGUGUUUGACCUGCACUCUGGCCCCAAGCCCAUGGUGUUUGUUCUUCAUUCCUUCCUGUCUGCCAAACUGACUCGUCUGGGCCUGCUGACGUGAAAUGGGAAGAGGCUGAAGUCGGGAACGUAUCCAGAAAUAUUCUUAUUUUUACUAUGUAUCAUUCAACACAGCCUUCCAAUGUCAUUUUGGCCAUUUUUUAUGUAUGUACUCUGUUCUUGUCAGGCAAAUGAGUGAUUUUGUGAUGAACAGAGUACGAGUUUGUUCAUAUGAGCAUGUGUCAAUUGGGUUUCCAAGUUGAUGACUGCGUGUGAGUGGCCUAGAGCAUACUGCCGGAAUGAAUGGGUUUAUACUUUAUAGAGUGCCUGUUACCCAAAAACUGAUUAUCUAGCACAUUAUCCAAAAUGACUGUUAUAAUCAGUAUUGCCAACUGUGCCUUGUUACAUGUAGUCAUAAAUGCUAUUUUUAGUGUGUGUAAAAGUAUUUUUUAUUUUCAAAAGGUAAUAGGUUUUAAAGCAAAGUAAGCUUUCAACAACAUGCACAGCAAUAGUAUUAUUCUUAUAUUGUUAACAUGCUAUUUCCGUACAGUUUUUCAGUUAAUUAUUUUGUAAGUAUAUCCUAUGUUUAGCAUGACUUGACUAUGAAAAUGUGAUGCUGUUUUUGAGCAUUUGCAAAACCAUGGCAUAACGCCAGUGACCCCUGUCACCUGCCUCAAAGUCAACCUGCCCUCCAGUAGGCUAGUCACACUGCCAAACCAUUGUCCUAUGCUGCCUGAGAACACCACUUCCCUUUAUCAUUCCCUUCUGCAUUAGCCCUAAGCCAAUGCUUUCUAUUAAAGCUCAUGAGGUCAUACCUAAGCUUCUCUGCCUUUUUCUGACCUCAUAUUUUUCUGUGAUUCCUGAGGAAGUGUUGCAUACACACCAUGUAAACAUAAUAUUUACUGUCAAUAGGCAUCCACAGUAAAGUCACUGAGCUACAAGCUGUCUGCUAAGUGUUCUGGGGAAUGUUUCCAUCCAGUACAUAAUUAAAAUAAGCGAAAUAUAUACCUAUAAAGAACGUUCAAAGAUGUUCAUUCAGCACUGUGAUAUCUGAGAAAACACAAUUUCAGCUGUAAUAUGGUACCUCAUCAUGUCCAUUUAGUGAAAGAAAGCUUUGGAUGCGUUUACUAGUACAAAUGGGAUGCUAUUCUUUUAUUUUGUUUUAUCCCUGUAUAAGCUUAUCAUCUUGCUGUAUGUGACCUCUGAGUCCUACAUAUGUCAAAGCUCUUUUUCAGACCCUGCUCUACCACGUGAUCACCCUAACAGCUUGUCUCAGUAUGUAAGCGGAUACUGUAAGGGGGGCCUUGUGGAUGCUGCCAAUUGUAUGCCUGAACUCUAUCCCAAUUCAGUCUCUGUAGGCCUACUUCUAAUAAUGGACAUUUUUAUCAAUACCUGAACUGUUCAAUUUCUAGCUUGAUCGCCACCUUAAUUUACCCAUGAAUGUAUCUUAAUUAGCAUUUCACAUUGUCAAACUGUCAUAUCUUUCUCUUUUGGUUGUUAGUUUUGAGCUAUAUACUGUUAUUGCAAAGAAAAGCUUAUUUUUUUGAGAAAGGGUUUUUUAACCAAAGUUAUAUGUGGCAGCUUGCGUUCCACACAAUCAUUUAGCAGAGAAAGCACAGGAGAAACCCUGCUGCUGCAAGCCUGUUAUAUGCAAAGUAUUUUAGACUUCCAAGCCUGUAUUAAGAUGUGAUGUAAUAAUCUAAAAUGUAAAUAUCUAUAAGAAUUAAACAUGUUAAUGUCCAACUGUAA